AUGCAUUCCUUCGGCUGGGGACGAACAAAAUACAACGGAUCCGAAAGCGAUAUUCUUCAAACCGUCGUCCUUAACAAUUUAAAUCGAGACGAGUGCUUCAGGGGACUGGUAUCGAGGGUCAGUUUAAAACAGAUAUGUGCUGGGUUUUCAUCCGGUGACACUUGUAUGGGCGAUUCCGGUGGUCCAUUGAUAAACACUAUUCCAUAUAAUGGAAACACUCUCAAAGUUCAGUUCGGGAUCGUGAGCUUUGGCAGAAGAUACUGCGAUGGACUUGGAGUCUACACCGAUGUGACAAGCUAUGUGGACUGGAUCGAGGAUGCCAUCAAAAAGUUUGAUACUGUGGAUGCUUCACAGUCCGCAGUAAUACCACUACAGCCUCGCAGGGAUCAAAAUAAGUGGUUGUACGGAGACUGUGGUGGUAGUACCAUAGCAUCGCAUUUACACGCAACCAUUUAUGGAACCAAUUUCAGGACCCAGGGGGUGAUGAUAACAGACCGAUUUGUCCUAACAAAUGCUAGAGGCUUGCUAAAACUGGCGUCCUUGUAA